CAUUCUAAUGGAACUCCCUCAAUGCUCGGGAAAUCAAGAAUGACUCUUGAAAAAACCUCUAGUUUUGACUGGCAUUGAACCUUCAUAUAAAUAUAGCAAGCAGACAAUAUACAAGGAAUUUAGUUCAUCAUCAAGCCACAUAUUUCCUGCUGUUCAAAGGUCAUGCAUAGGGUGUUUUAAGAAUGUCGCAACGAAUUAACGAUGUUGUGCGGCUGUGUUGCGAGUUAUCUGCAAACCAACAGAUAAAGACCACAGUGAAGGGAUCUUCCAAAGGGGCGGUGGCAGCAGGAGGACUAGCCUUUGCAGGAGGACUGGUUGGAGGCCCCCUUGGCAUCGCUGUGGGGGGUGCGGUCGGUGGCCUACUGGGAUGCUGGAUGACCAGUGGACAGUUCAAGCCGCUGCCUCAGAUCAUCAUGGAGCUGACCCCGGUGCAGCAGCAGAAGCUCUACAAUGACAUCAUGGCCAUCAUGGGCGAGGUCCAGUGGACCGACAUGGCCCAGCUGACUGCCCUGGUCAUGGGCAAUGCCACCCUACAGCAGCAGGUGACCGCUGCCCUCCUGGGCUAUGUGACCAAAGAGCUCCAGGCAGAGGUGCACUAUGUCGACUGACAAGGCCUCUAUCAGUGAGCACAUCUCUUUAGGGUUUUCAAAGGAAAAUGGAAACGAUGACAUUUUACACAAUGUCAAAGGACAAUUUAAAAAUGAAGGACAAGAAAUUAUUUAUUAAAAGUGGGGCUGUACACUCAAGGAUGAAAACCUCCAUGGUCUAUGAGAAGGGAAGGAGCCACUGAUUGAAAGUGCAUGAAAUGAGUUGUGGCUAAUUAUUUCAAGGGUUUGUGUGACUAUGUAUUGACUACCUGAGCUAGAAAUUGUGUGAAAAGAAAUACAACCUUUUAAUCCUUUCAA